UCUUUAAAGGCGCGCGAGCCGAACCGGGAGAGGCGGCUCCGCGGCCGCAGGCGCAGGCCCGGGCCGACUAGCGAGACGCUGGGCGCGCCGGCCGCGGCAGCUCAGAGUCCCAACAUGCGCCGGUCGGUGUGGCUGGCGCUGGCCGCGUCGCUCUUGCACGUGUCCCUGCAAGGCGAGUUCCAGAGGAAGCUCUACAAGGAGCUGGUCAAGAACUACAACCCCUUGGAGAGGCCCGUGGCCAACGACUCGCAGCCGCUCACCGUCUACUUCUCCCUGAGCCUCCUGCAGAUCAUGGACGUGGAUGAGAAGAACCAAGUUCUAACUACCAACAUUUGGCUGCAAAUGUCUUGGACAGAUCACUAUUUACAAUGGAAUAUGUCAGAAUAUCCGGGCGUGAAGACUGUUCGUUUCCCAGAUGGCCUGAUUUGGAAGCCAGACAUUCUUCUCUAUAACAGUGCUGAUGAGCGAUUUGAUGCCACAUUCCACACCAACGUGUUAGUUAAUUCUUCUGGGCAUUGCCAGUACCUCCCUCCAGGCAUAUUCAAGAGCUCCUGUUACAUUGAUGUGCGCUGGUUCCCCUUUGAUGUGCAGCAGUGCAAACUCAAGUUCGGGUCCUGGUCCUACGGAGGGUGGUCCUUGGAUCUACAGAUGCAAGAGGCAGAUAUCAGCGGCUAUAUCCCAAACGGAGAAUGGGACCUUGUGGGAAUCCCAGGCAAGCGGAGUGAGAAGUUCUAUGAGUGCUGCAAAGAGCCGUACCCAGACGUCACCUUCACAGUGACCAUUCGCCGCAGGACCCUCUACUAUGGCCUCAACCUGCUCAUCCCCUGUGUGCUCAUCUCUGCUCUGGCCCUCCUCGUCUUCUUGCUCCCUGCAGAUUCUGGGGAGAAAAUAUCCCUGGGGAUAACAGUUUUACUCUCUCUUACUGUCUUCAUGUUGCUGGUGGCUGAGAUCAUGCCUGCGACAUCUGACUCAGUGCCCUUGAUAGCCCAGUACUUUGCCAGCACCAUGAUCAUCGUGGGCCUCUCUGUGGUCGUGACAGUGAUUGUGCUGCAGUAUCACCACCACGACCCCGAUGGCGGCAAGAUGCCCAAGUGGACCAGAGUCAUCCUUCUGAACUGGUGCGCAUGGUUCCUGCGCAUGAAGAGGCCCGGGGAGGACAAGGUGCGGCCGGCCUGCCAGCACAAGCCGCGCCGCUGCAGCCUGGCCAGCGUGGAGAUGAGCGCGGUGGCAGGGCCACCGACCACCAACGGCAACCUGCUCUACAUCGGCUUCCGCGGCCUGGACGGUGUGCACUGUGCCCCCACCCCCGACUCAGGCGUCGUGUGUGGCCGCAUGGCCUGCUCCCCCACGCACGACGAGCAGCUCCUACAUGGCGGGCAGCCCCCCGAGGGGGAUCCCGACCUGGCCAAGAUCCUGGAGGAGGUCCGCUACAUUGCCAAUCGCUUCCGCUGCCAGGACGAGAGCGAGGCCAUCUGCAGUGAGUGGAAGUUUGCCGCCUGCGUGGUGGACCGCCUGUGUCUCAUGGCCUUCUCCGUCUUCACCAUCAUCUGCACCAUCGGCAUCCUGAUGUCCGCCCCAAACUUCGUGGAGGCUGUGUCCAAAGACUUUGCUUAAUCUGGUUCUGGUCCCCAGCAUGUAGGAAAACGCACAGACAGGUGAUGUCAUUAGCUUGGGGAUAAUUUGGGGUGCUAAUCCCAUAGCCACACCAAACGUGAGGACACUGAUGUACCCGUAGCUGUCAGUCAUGUCGUUACAGUCUCCUUGUUCCUUUCAGUAAUAGGAUCUCAGCACGUUUUUGUUUCAUCCUCUUAGAGGGGCUCCUUGAUAUCCUUGGAACAUCCUUAGGGUCCCCAGAACCACUGAGAGGUCAUUUUGCCCAUUCCCCAGUGCCUGGUGAGCCCUUUAGAGAGGUCAGAGUGGCUCAGGACUGCCAAGGGAAGCCUGUACACCUGGUUUGCAUGCCUGCAUGUCACUUGCCAAGAAGGCCUACAUGAAAAUUCAACAUAUGCUUUUGCCUGUUUACAAACCUAGAUUGAAAAAAAUAAUAAUAAUAAUAAGCUGCAGUCACUAGAUCCAUUCAAAUUAUUGCUCAAAGGAAACAAAACUAAAACUAAAAACCUAACUGCUGGUGUUUUCUGCAAUUCAGGUUUUAUUUUUCUCUACCAUAGACAGUUGGUAGAGAGAAACAGUUUUACGCUGUUCCUACAUUUUAAAACACACACACACACACACACACACACACACACACACACACACACACAGUUGAUCUUAUAAAUUAUGCUUUUACCAGCCUGAGUCCUGCCAGUCUACCCUGUGGAGGGAAUUAGGACAGACACAGAUGUGUGUUGAUUCUGAACUAGGACUAGAUCCAGGCAAGUCAGAGGGAUUGCUAUAGCUCCUAGUGACUCACAUUUCCUGUGCUGCCCCCAGACACUGGGGACUUGAGUCUGCUCUAUUCUGAAACACCCAAAGGGCAAAUAGAGUUCUAUUAGAAUUACCAGCCCUGUGUAAUAGAGGUUAAAUUAAACCAGCUAUGUAUUUCUUUUUUUUUUAAUAAUAUAUUAGAUAUUUCACAUGUACUAGAGUUGAUUAGUGUUAGAAACUUGUGAGUCCAUACAAAUGCACAACAUAAAGUGAAAAUAUGCCAAGCUUUUCUUUAUGUGUCAAGGCCAGGGGCAAGGUCUGGGACAUCUUCUCGUUCCCUGUAUGGCAGGAACUGGGAAGGGAAUGAUGUGGCCACUGGCUUUCCUGGAUGAAAGGCCAAUGGAAGUCAACAGAAGGGGCUGGCAGGCUAAAAAUGGCUAUACAACCAGUAACUCCAGUCUCUGAUUUUUAGGGAUCUGCUUACCCACAGCUCAUCUACCCCAGUGUUAGCCCAGAAAGGUGGCUUGAGCAGGUAGAUUCCCUGGAGAUAAGUGUUUUGAAAGCCAGGGAAACUUUAAUUUUAAACCUACGUGGUGACAUGGUUCACCACUUAACAUAAUCCAGCUGACAAAAGUCACUUUGCCUUUUCCCAUUCUCCUUAUUUUUUAAUGACAGGAGAGGGAAACACAACAGAACCUCUCCUGUUCUAUUGUUUCAUAUAGUAAUUGCUCAGAGCUCAAAACUACAGAAGGCUUUGAGCUCCUGGGGAUCUUUAAUUUGCUUCUAACCCCUGAAAUGGGUAUAUAUUAUGAGGGAAGAUUAGAUUUUCAGAGGAAAAGAAAUUGCAUACCUUUCUCCAGCCAUUUAUUUCACUCAUUUCUGGGUAAUGAGCAUGGAUUGGUUUGCACUGAGGAAUAUGGAGGCUUGGUGCAUGCUCUGUGGGCACGUAAGCUCUGUGGAGGCUUGUGCAUGUGGGCGCGUGAGCACUGAUUGCAGCUGCAGAGAGGAUACCUUGUUUAUAAGGCGGUUGAUAAAUAAAAGCAUUCCAGCAUCACACCAUUGGGAGUAUGGCUGUUCUCAGAGUUUACCCAUUCUACAUGGGAUAGAUGAACAAUGCACAAUCUUUUCUUUUUGUGUUUAUUUUUUUUCUAUUUUAGAAAUCAGUAAAGGUGUUUUGAUAUCUAAGAGAAUGUUUCAUUUGUUACUGCUAUCUGAAAAUUAAUGUCUACAACAUUUUUCCUUGGAAAAAACCUUUUUUGGUUUUGUAUUUUAUACGGAAAAACAUAAAAAAGCAAAUAAAAGUAUGUUGACCACUAAAAUAAUGCUCUGCCAUUUUAAAAAGUAAUAAUAAGGAAAAGAUGCACAUGUAGUAAAAAAAAAAAAAAAGAGAGAGAGA